GGGCAUUCCCGGCAUUGGAACAACGGAACCUCCAAUUUGAAAUUCGAUCGAUUCUGGGUCUGCAUCAUCCCCGCUGCUGUCACCUGUGUACCCUCGUUCAUUCCUAGCAUAAGCCUCGUCGGUUAUCAGCCUUAUCUCCAGCUCUUCUCCUACUUCGAUUUUUUUUUUGAACGCUUACGUUUCGCUUCCCGCGGGACAGUUGACGGUGCGCUUUUUCUGUGAUUACAAGUUGGGUUCCGCAAUUCGGGAAUUUUCGCGGUGUUUUUUUUUUCUAGUUUUUUUUUUAAGGUUGGUUAAAGCAAAGUUGGAUGUGUGGAUUUUGCAGUUUUUUUGGAUAAAUCGAUCAGCCCAUGGCUUUUCCGGCCGCCACACUGGGCGCCUAUGGUUGCCUCCAGUACGCCACCAUCACGCCCAGUCAACAGAGGAAGACCACACGGCUCAGAUCGCGACACACAACCGUCUCCAAAACCGCCAUCUUCAUCGACAAGAAAAACCGUACAUAUCGACUGUAGACAAUUAUGCCGAAAAAGACCAUUUUUACAAAACCGCACCUUGUCCUAUUCAAUUCUAGAGUUUUCUACUUGCCAGUCUGAUUUUUGAACGUUUACCAUUGUGAUUUUUUCUAUACGCUCUGUACAAAUCGAUCAAGUGACCUUAUAGAGAUACCAGGACGAAUGCAUACCUGAUUUUUAGGAUAGACUGAAGUGGCCUUAACGCUUAGUAUAAUGAUUAGCGUAUUUUAGAUGUUAGUUAGGUUUUUGUACUAAUUUUUUGAACUUGAAUUCGACCUUCCUUACUGACAUGGCGAGGCAGUCUGCUAGGAGUGCCAGAAAACAAUCUAUAGAUAAUCAAAGAAGAAUCAAAGCUAAUGAUAAACAAUACAAUUCACAGUUUCGCUAUGCGAACAAUUACAUCAAGACGUCAAAAUAUUCUCUCCUUACAUUCCUGCCACUGAACUUGUUCGAACAAUUCCAACGACUGGCCAACUUCUAUUUUUUGUGCCUUCUUGUCCUGCAGUUGAUUCCAGCCAUUAGUAGUCUAACUCCAGUUACCACAGCUCUGCCCCUGAUCGGAGUGUUGGGGCUGACAGCUGUCAAGGAUGCCUACGAUGAUAUACAAAGACAUUUAUCGGACUCUCAUGUAAAUAAUAGAAAAUCCAGGGUAGUACGAAAUGGUAAACUUGUGCAAGAACGAUGGUCCAAUGUCCAAGUGGGUGAUGUGAUCCGUAUGGACAACAAUCAGUUCGUCGCUGCAGAUAUUUUGUUGUUAACCAGCAGCGAGCCAAACGGGCUAUGCUACAUAGAAACCUCAGAGUUGGACGGGGAGACCAACCUGAAAUGUCGCCAGUGUCUUGUCGAGACCGCCGUGAUGGGCGAAGACAACGAUCUGCUGGGCAGAUUCGACUGCGACAUCAUCUGCGAACCCCCCAACAACCUCCUGAACAAGUUCGAAGGGGUGCUGACCAUGAAGAACAAGCAGUACCCCCUGGACAACGACAAGAUCAUACUGAGGGGCUGCGUGCUGAGGAACACGAACUGGUGCUACGGCGUCGUCGUCUUUGCUGGCAAAGACACGAAGCUGAUGCAGAACAGCGGCAAGACCAAGUUCAAACGGACAAGCAUAGAUAGACUACUUAAUUUUUUAAUUAUAGGGAUAGUAUUUUUCUUAUUGUCAAUGUGCCUUUUCUGUAUGGUCGCGUGCGGCAUAUGGGAAUCUCUGGUGGGACAGUACUUUCAGAAAUUCUUGCCCUGGGACACCCUGGUGCCUUCGGAUUCCUUAGCAGGUGCCACAAUUAUAGCUUUACUAGUUUUCUUCUCCUAUGCCAUUGUGCUGAACACCGUCGUUCCCAUAUCUCUCUACGUCUCUGUCGAGGUCAUACGUUUUGUACAGAGUUUCCUGAUCAACUGGGACGAGGAGAUGUACCACGAGAAGACUGGAACGCACGCCAAGGCCAGGACUACCACCCUGAACGAGGAAUUGGGUCAGAUCGAGUACAUAUUCUCCGACAAGACCGGCACCCUCACCCAGAACAUAAUGACCUUCAACAAGUGCUCGAUAGGGGGCAGGUCGUACGGCGACGUGGUGGACGCCCGCACCGGCGAGAUCGUCGAGAUAACCGACGCGGUCGAAUCCCUCGACUUCUCCUUCAAUCCGGACUACGAGGCCGACUUCAAGUUCUACGACAAGAAACUGUUGGACGCCGUCCAGGCGAAGAACUCGGACGUUUUCGCCUUCUUCAGACUGCUGGCGCUCUGUCACACCGUCAUGUCAGAGGUGGUGGAGGGCAGGCUCGAGUACCAGGCGCAGUCGCCUGACGAGGAGGCGCUGGUGUCGGCGGCGAGGAAUUUCGGUUUCGUGUUCAGGGAGCGUACGCCCAACAGCAUCACCAUAGAGGUGAUGGGCACGAAGGAGGUGUACGAGCUGUUGUGCAUAUUGGAUUUCAACAACGUGAGGAAGAGGAUGUCGGUGAUACUGAGGAGGAACGGCCAGUUGAGGUUGUACUGUAAGGGUGCGGAUAACGUCAUCUACGAGAGGUUGAAGAAGGGCAACGAGGAGAUCAAGCAGGCCACCCAGGAGCAUUUGAAUAAAUUCGCCGGUGAAGGUUUGAGGACCCUCUGUCUGGCCUCUAGGGACCUGGACGAAGACUUCUUCAACAAUUGGAAGUUGAGACAUCAGCAGGCGGCCAUAGCGCUGGAGGGAAGAGACGAACAACUGGACGCCAUCUAUGAGGAGAUCGAGAGGGAUAUGAUGCUGGUUGGAGUGUCGGGCAUCGAGGACAAGCUUCAGGACGAUGUGCCAAGGACUAUAUCCAACCUUAUCUUGGCCGGUAUCAAGAUAUGGGUACUCACGGGGGACAAACAAGAGACGGCAAUGAACAUCGGCUACUCCUGCCAACUGCUGACCGACGACCUGGUGGACGUGUUCAUAGUGGACGCCUCCACCUAUGACGAGGUGCACCAGCAACUCAACAAGUUCAAGGAGAACAUAAGGAUAGUCAACACCUUCCAUCCUUGCAGCCCGUCCGGCAUACAGAUCGGAACCACCAACGGCAAGUUGGACUCCACCCAUCGGAUGACGGGGGAGUCCACCCCGCCCCAGAUGAAGAGCCCGCCGGCAGUCAGUGUCGUCACGUUCAGCACCCAACUCGAGUACCACGAACCCAACUCGUCCCACGUGGAAGAAACCCAAGCUGGUUUUGCCAUCCUGAUAAACGGUCAGUCUUUGGUCCACUGUUUGCAUCCCCAAAUGGAGAGGCUGUUCGUCGAGGUGGUGAUGCAGUGCAAGUCUGUGAUCUGCUGUAGGGUGACACCUUUGCAAAAGGCUCUGGUUGUCGAGCUGAUUAAGAAGACCAAGCAUGCUGUUACGCUGGCCAUCGGAGACGGGGCCAACGAUGUUUCUAUGAUAAAAGCUGCGCACAUAGGAGUGGGGAUAUCGGGUCAGGAGGGAAUGCAAGCUGUUCUUGCCUCAGACUAUUCGAUAGCCCAAUUCAAGUACUUAGAACGUCUGUUGUUGGUGCACGGUAGAUGGUCCUACUAUAGGAUGUGCAGUUUCCUAAGAUAUUUUUUCAAUAAGAACUUUGCCUUCACUCUGUGUCAUUUGUGGUACGCGUUCUUCUGUGGAUUCAGUGCGCAGACCGUGUUCGAUCCUAUGUAUAUAUCGGUAUAUAACCUAUUUUACACAUCUCUACCCGUCCUAGCCGUUGGCAUAUUCGAUCAGGAUGUCAACGAUAAGAAUUCCAUCCUGUACCCUCAACUGUACAGGCCCGGUCAUCUGAACCUCUUCUUCAACAAGAUGGAGUUCUUCUGGAGCGCCCUGCAGGGGUGCUACGUGUCCAUAGUAUUAUUCUUCAUACCUUUGGGUACUUACUACGAUGCUGUGAGCCCGAACGGGCAAGGACUAUCGGAUUAUAUGUUACUAUGUAGUGUUAUGGCCGCCAUACUUGUCAUCGUCAAUACUGCACAGAUAGCCUUAGACACCUCCUACUGGACCACGGUGAACCACAUAAUGAUCUGGGGUUCCCUAACGUUCUUUUUCCUAAUGGACAAUUUCUACAAUUUCGUCAUAGGCGGUCCCUACGUCGGUUCCUUAAUAAAAGCUAUGAGCGAGGCCAACUUCUGGUUCACCACAAUCCUCGUAGUGAUCAUCUCCAUCAUGCCCGUGCUGGCAUGGCGGUUCUACUUUAUCGACACCGCUCCCACCCUAACCGAUCGAGUUAGGUUGAAACAGCGCGUAGACCGGGUUAGAUCCAGACAAAGUCAAGAUGUGAUGAGAACGCCCUCUGCCAGGAGGGCCAGAAGGUCGAUCAGGUCGGGUUACGCCUUCGCGCAUCAAGAAGGCUUCGGUCGAUUGAUUACCUCAGGGAAGAUAAUGCGCAAGAUGCCCAAUCCUGAGUUUAACAUUUCCAAUAUUAUAAGGUUCAGGGAUUCGACGAAAGAUACCAGAGAAACCGAUCCCAGGUCUGUGGGUAACAGUAGUGAUGCGCGCGCACCUAUGCAGGAUUUGGAUACCAUUAAUUUGUGAGGUUAGGUAUACUGGCAUUCCGUGAGUGCCAGUUCGAAGGGAGGGGGAGUUGAUUCGAAAUCGUUAGUGGUGCUUUGUUGAUUUUUAUAAACUCGAUAUUUAUUGAUUAAGAGUAAAACCUGUUUUAUUUCCUUUUUUUUUUGUAUAGUUUUAUAUUUGAAAGUAUUUUGAAGUGAUAUAGCAGUAUUUGAAGUAUUAGAUAUUUAUGUAGCAUUUACAGUGUUAUGCCCUACUGUGAGGAGAAUUCUAACGAAAUGAAUACCAUGAUUUUUUUUUCAAGUACAGUCUGUUCUCCUUUUCUCUAAUGUAAUUGAACGAUUUAUUCAAAUUAUAAAUAAGUGAAAUACAAGUUUUUGAUGAUGAUCUUGGAAUUUACUCCGGUUUUUUACUUCUCUACAAGAAUUAUAAAAAUACUGUACAACUUACAAACAUAUACAUUUUUAGAAACUUGAUACUUAAUAAUUUUGGAUAUUUUCAAUUAUUAUUAUCUUUUUGCUAAAUUCUUUACUUUGGUACGAAUAUAAUGACAAUGUUAAGUAUUAGAAAGUUUUAUCGUUGAAUUAAAUAGAAAAGAAGUGCUGUCUAUUAUCAGUCCCAAAAAUGUAUCUAUUAUUGAAAAUUAACUUUCUAAAUAUUAUAUUUUAAUAUUUUUUCUUUGCCAAUUUUUACUUUUUUUAGUUAGCUCGUUGAAUUAAUAAAGCACACUGUUGCUCUAAGUGUUCUAAGCUUUAAUACAGUAAUAUAUUUUAAUGGUAAAAACUGUUGAACCUGUAAUUACUAAAAUUGUUACAUUUUGUUUUGUACUUGUUUUACUCCUUGUUUAAUACUUUUUUAUUUUACAUAUACCGUUGAAUUUCCACAUUUUUUUUCUAUUGUAUUAUACAAUAUCCUUCUUUAUAUCCUAAUCAGAUUUCUUGUAUUUUUUAUAGAAGCUGCUAGUCAUUAUAAUGUUAAAAUUUAUUACAAAGAAAUAUAAUGUAUAAAUUCUUGUUUUUGUAAAAUAAACGUUUAUUUUUGACCAA